GCACAAAAGCGAAGGCAAUAAGUCAUUGCCGCUCACUGUUGCAUAUAAAUAUACUUUAAGGCUUUGGCGUUUUGAAAAUGGCUGUCACCGACUUGGGAACCUAUCCCUGACAUCCUAAAUUAUCAUAAAGGACCGGCGUACAUAUACCAGAUUGGUCAUGGUGAAUCGAAGAAGCGAGAGCUGUCCGCGUCUGUUGCGGAAGGUGUCUGCUCCAACGGCCGAAGUCGUUCUGCCGCAGCAGAGGACCUGCACCUUGCAGGAUUUAGGGCCCGAGGAUAAGCAAAAAGUUGCGAAACUCCUCAAACAGGUGGUGGACCUUGGACAGGAAGUGCAGCAACUAAGGCAGCAGCGAGAUGAGCAAGCCAGGCUCUUUGCUGAGCGUGAACAGGAACUGCAAGAGGGCAACCGGCAACUCCACAAGGAAUAUCAGUCGCUAAAAAGGAAACUCGGUCAAGUGCUGCUCGUGCUCCGCGCCUCUCAAGCUAAGGUCAAUGCCUUGGAAGCAGCAAACCAUUCAACGCGGACCGCUUCUGUCGGUGUGCAAACGGAGCUUGUUGCAGCCCCGGAGGAGCUGCAAGCAGCAACGAACGGCCAAGUAGCAAACUCCGCUGCCGUUGCCCAAAUGCAGGCCGCCGCCAACGCUGCUCCGUUCAACUCGGAGAGCAGUGCCGCAAUGACUUUAGCAUCAGCCACGGACCGUACAGUCUUCUCAUCAUCUCCGAGCGUCCCCUCCCUUCUCCACGUGGCGCCCGGCGCGCACAUUUGUAUUACUAUCAACCAUGUCCCUGAGCCUGCUUCAACGGCAGCGGCACCCACCGCGACGGAGGCAGUGGACGCAGAAACGCCGGCGGCAGUGGAGAAGCCAGCAGCCCUAGGUUCGUCGCUCGAGCUUUCAGGUUCGGCAGGUCGCCGCAGCUUUUCGAGUGUUCGCCCUGCAGCGGCCUGCACCAACCUUCCUACAGCAGCGAUUGAAAGUCCUACGCUUGGCGCAGCGUCCGCGAUCCCCACCACUCUUUUGGCCGCCGCCAUCAAUGCAGUCGCUGCCUCCAGUUACGAGACCCACCGCUUGGCUGGUGAACCUGCUGAUGGCGCUUGUGUCCCGUCAGCUUCCCACCCCUGCAUGGCGAGCCAGCCAGCCCAUGCUGGAGUGGGAGCCUGCUCAGCUUCAUGCCUAACCGGCGGCGCUGCGCUUCCAACGGGAGCUCCCGUCGGGGUGCCAGGAGCCCCUGUACACCCGGGGCCGAGCCAUGCGUCGCGUGCAUCGGGUUCAACGGCGCCACAGGCGGUGGGCAGACCCUCAGGUGGACGCAGCAUCCUCGUGGACGCCACUUUGCAGCAGUUUGAAUCGGUGCCUGUUCAAGAUGUGUUCGUCAGCAGCCAGGAGGUUUCAGUAGCUUCGCCGAUGAUUGUACCCCCAAGCGACGCGGUGGUGGCAGCUGCAUCUAGCUUACUCGGCUGGCAAGCACAACAUGGGUUUAUGGCGCCGGAGGACGCUGUCGACAUGCAGUCCGUAUCAUCCUUAGCUUGUCCCGGAGGUGCAGUGGACCGACGCCCGCGCGGGAAGGUUCUUAGCUAUGACCCCGCCAUUGGGAAAAGUGGCGCGUUUUACUUCGUUGAUGUGGCCGAGGUUGCUCCAGACUUCCCCGGAGCAUCGGAAGCAACGGCAGGGAAGGAGGUUCCGAGCGCGCCUUACUCUGCAUCGCGCAGAGAUGCCUCGCAGUGGCAGCGUUCAGCCACUGCUUCGGAGAACCGGGUGCCGGCAGAAAUCUGUGCUCCGCAGGCAUCGGCAGUAGGGCGGCAGCGACCUAUCCCUGCAGCUCUAUCGCUGGACUCACAACGGAGGAUGCAGCUGCCCGGGGUUACAGCUUGCCAAGGGAUUGUCCAUCCCACCAGCGCUAGUGGGCCGCUCAGCUUGGGACGCCUUAAGGAAGUACUAAACUCCCCGGCGGCAACCCAGACUGCUCCGCAGGGUUUGGGGCGCUGUCUGCAGCCAGACCAGCAGCAAUUGGAACAGUCGCCGCGCAGCCCAUGCAGUUCCACAGCAACAGGUAGCACUAUGGGCCCCGCUCGCCAGCUAAACGCUGCCGUCAUGGCUGCGGCACGUGCCUAUGACUGCACCGACACGCCCUCCAGUUGUGAUACCAACUUGUCACGAGUGGCGACGAUGCUAGAUGAGGAGGCGCGUCGCCGGCGAUGGGACAUGCAGCCCCCUCCAGGCGCGCAACAGCAGCAGGCGGGUCCGGUGCAGUCAUUAGGAGCAAUGCGGGUGCAGCAGCAUAACCCGGACGGGCUGCAGGAGGCCACCAGCAACUGCCGGGCGAAAACAGGUGGGGGCAACUUACAUGCAAGCUCGCGGUCUCGACGCGGCUUGCAAGCCUCGGACUCGCGGCAGAGCGCCACCGGUAACGCAUGGUGUGCAGCUGGGCCGGCCCCCGGCGGAGGACCCAUGGCGCCUCUACAUACAUCUGCUGGCAGCGCCUCACUUGCCUUCCCCAAAGGCAAAGAUGUCACGGAUCGUUACGAUGACUCGCUGGUGGACAUCUUGUCUCAGGCGGACGAGGAGCUGGAGCAGCAACACUAUCGGAAGCAACAGCAAAGUGCUUGGCCGCAGCCUUCACACCUGUCGCCAGCCGUGGCAGUGGAUAAAACGAGCAAUGGUGUCAUGCGGCAUCGGUCUGCAGCAGCGCCUGCCACGGCGUCUGAGGGAAGCGCUCUAGCAAGGAAUCGGGGCGGCACGGUUGAAGAGCUGCUGUCAUCAAAUUUGUACGAGGAAAAUGACGUGCUAAGUGUGAUCUUGGAGCAGGAAUGCCACAACUGAGGGUGCCGAACGACGACGCGGCAGUUACAAACCAUUUCUGGAGCUAUACGACAGAGCUUAACGGUGUCCUGAAUAUCUAUUUGCAAAGGACAUUAUAAAAUAUGUCGCAAUAUGAAGGUAUUGCGUUUAUACGCUUGGCAAGGUGGCUGCAAAGCCAACCGACAUGGACUACGGCCUAGCUACCUCCUGUACACCGGUCUCGAACUUAUGUAUGCAACGCGCUGUCUUAAACACCAGCAUAUUGUGGCUUAUUGCUCCGGGCUGCCCGCUUGUUAAGCUGCCCUUCGGGCCAGGAUAACCGUAGACUGCAUUUCCUUUGUUUUCGCGGUUCCUGAACUUUGCCUGGUUGUAAUGCAACCGCGCUUACGUAUGUCAAGUGCUGUAAUUGACCGGUGGCGUGACCCAGGACCUUCACUUACGACCCGAACUGCAUAGUUGUAAAUGUACCUACACGCUUAGAGGUGUCUAACUGUUAGCACGUUUGCGUCACGUUCACCAAGAUACCUGGAAAUACUGAAUUGUCGCAGUUCUCAUACUUCAGCCUGUUACUGUCAUUUCGGUACCCAGUGCCGCCUUCAGGGGCUCAUCAUGGACAUUGUAACGUCAGGAUGCGUGUCGGCAAGUUCCCAUCCUAUUGACCUAAGGAACUUGGGCUCGCUUGUGCAUACAGCGGAAAUGCAGCACCAGCGGCAAGUAAAGACGCUGCAGGCGCUUCAUAAGCAGGCGGAGCUAACUGCGGAGGCGAACGCAGCAUGGCGAGAAAGCGAGCGGCGCCGUGAGGAAAAAUACAUGCACAUUGACCAGGGGCGACAGCUGCAGCGGGAAGCCGCAGUGGAGAACAAUCAACGGUUAGCCGAGGCGCGCGCUGCACGGUUGGAGGCAGCUGCACGGCAUGAGGAAGCUGUACGUGCCGCUGCCAAAGCCAAGGUCCAGGCCGACGAGGAACGCAUGGCGCGCUUUGAAGCCGAAAAGGCAGAUAAUGCUGCCGCGGAGCGGCAGCGCAUUGCGGCAGUGGAGGCGAAGCGCGGUGCUACGUACCGGCAGAACGUGGAGAUGAUGGAAGCUCGGCGGCAGGCAUUGUUGGCUCGAGAGCGUAGAGCGGAAGACAUCCUACGCCAGCGAGAGGAGUUGCGGCGACUGCAGCAGCAAAUUAAGGCGGAGGAGGACUUUCUGCGGGAGGACCAGCGCCGUGCGAUCAAGGCGCGCGCGGAUGCCGAGCUGGCAGACCGCGUGGCACACUUCCACGCAAAGAACGCCGCCAAGGACGAAAACGCCUCGCGCAGGCGACAGGCGCUGGAGGCCCUCCGCCGCGCUCGUGCCGAGGAGCUGCGGCAGCGCUUCGAGUACAUCGCAGCGCAGGCCAAUGAGGCGGCGGCGGUGGCGGAGGCCGAGCGGCAGGCCCUGGCGGGGCGGCUGGAAGACAAGGAGGCGCGAGGGGCGGCGCUGGAGGCGCACCGGGCCGCGUUGCUGGCGGAGAUGCAGAACCUUCGACAGCAGAUGCAACACCAGGAGGAGGUCAUCCGCGGCUCUCUAGUGCGCAUGCGGCAGCAGGGCAGUGUGGCGCUGCCGGAGGAGGUGGUGCAUUCGCUAGACAAACUGCACUUGGGCGGACCUGUCAGUGCAACUGCAAUGUUGGGCGGCGGCGGUGGGGCCAUGGGGGCAGGCGGCCACUCCGUGGGCCUGCUGGAGGGGCCGCCGACCCUGCAGGCGGGUAUGGGUGCGGCAGCGCCGCCUGGUAUGCCGCGUCGGGUGGGAGCAGGAGCGGCAGCAGCGGGCGUACGGAGACCCAGAUCGGCCGCGACCACGCCACGAGGUGCCAGGAUGUCGAGCCGGGUUGACGAGAGCUACAACAGCAGUCCGCGCGCCUAUGUGAUGGCACCAAUCAGUCCGAGGGUGGGGCAGCCGGCGAAGGCGCGUCGCAUGGCGGCUGGGACGCGGCCCAUGAGUGCCAGCAUAGACCUCCGCGGCAGCGCCACCUUCAGCCUCGCAGCCUCUCCCCGCAGCCCCGCCCAUCCAGCCAGCGCCUCCGCCGCCGGCAGCCCCAGGCCCCGUAGCCCCCAUGUGGCCCACGCCUCCUCGCCCGCCUCUCACCCUCCCCGCAACCGCCCCAACCCCACCAGCCUUGAGGAGCAGUUGGCUGCAGCCACGGACACCUCAGAGGUGGCGGCGGAGGCGGCGGCCAGCGGGCGCUACAGCGGGGUGCAUGAGGUUGCUCGCCCCGGCAGCCGGAGGGAAGAGGAGCUGCGCGGGGUGCUGCAGGAGGAGAUCGCCAAGGAGAGCGGGCGGCAGGCGCUGCUGGCCAAGGUUACCGACGAAGCGGAACGCGCCCGCUUGGUGAAGUACUUUACCCUGGAGCGUGAGGAAGCGAAGCGGCGCAUCCUCGCGCUGAGCAAUGCCGCGCAAGCUGCCUUGUAUCACUGACCUUGCGCGGACGCUAGCACAACUACGGACCUAUUUUGUCGCGAUGUCGCCUUCCUAUGUGGAGUGCGGACCGGGCAUGCUCAUGCAAAAAUCUUAAAUUGGGAGUCGUUGGGGGCUACCAUUUGUUGGGUCCUCUGUACACAGUGUCAGGGGUUUGUGUAUUUUACGGUUCUCUCCAAUUUACGUGAAUCUUCUCUAGUUUACAGCAUGUGUCAUAUGCUGAAAAGCAGUGAAUAUUAUUGGUAUGCAGGGAAGCCUGAUGCCCUUGGCGGCUCGAUAUGUCGUGCGCUGUGAUGUCAUGGCAUCUUUUGCCCAAGCAGGCAAUUCAUGUUUGUAAUCUGUGUGGGUUUUUGUGCCCGCUACCUUGCAUGGGUAUUACCCGUUGAAAACGUUGUGCUGGGUUACCCUCUUGAACGCAUGCAUGCCUCAGUAGUACCUUGAUUGGGGUUGGAUAUGGAGUUGUAUGAUGCCAACUGUAUUGUGUGUCGUUUCCCUACUGGAUGGACGACUUGACAGCUGUUUGCAGUUGGUAAGCUACGUCUUGACGCGUGGUGCAGUUGGUAAGCUACGUCUUGACGCGUGGUGGGGAGAAGAAGAAUACCCAAUGUGUUGAAUGAGAGGGAAUGCGUGGUGGGGAGGGAAGCUAUUCCGUAAAGGGUUGUGUGCCCAAGUACGGCCCAUCCACAGGCGCAUCGCUCCACAUACGCUUACGCAUGUGCGGGCUUGCAUAUUGUAGGGGUGCGAUGGAGCUGAAGCUGCGUCAAAAAUGACAGAGAAGGAACGUCACGUGUAACCUGACAUUCGGAUCUAGACGAUUAACUCUGCCCUCCUCUGCUUCGCAUUGUUUAGCGUAUGUGUAACUGAUCGGGACGCGGC